UACAUCACAACGUUACUUCCUUACGUGUUGACUUAUCUUCAGCAAACCACAACUGUAAUUUAUGCGAUAUUACUGAACGUCUCUUUCGAUUCCCUCGUGUAUGGUCUUAUUAUUCAUACCUGCGGACAAAUUGACCUGCUGUGUUAUCGAUUGACAGAAAUAUUUCGAUUUCUUCAAGAAAAUAACGAAAACAAUGCAAAUACCGCCAUUGAAAAUUUUGCUAUCGCAGGAUGCGUGAAACAUCAUAUUUUAGUUUAUAACAUCAUAUACAGGAUACAAAUGUUAUUCGUGUGGACUGUCGCCACUUUAUUCUUCUUCAGCCUCAUCACUCUUUGUACCAGCAUCUAUCAGAUGUCGAAAAAAGAGCUCUUUGGCCCGGAAUUCUUCGCUGUUAUCAUGUACUUAGGAUCAAUGAUGUUCCAAGUAUUCACAUACUGCUGGUAUGGCAAUGAGCUUGACUUGAAGAAUAAAAAUAUCGCGUAUGCUAUUUAUACAAGCAACUGGACGACAAUAUCAACAAAGCAACGUAAAAAUUUGUUGCUCGUGAUGAUGAUGAGCCAGAAAGGAAGAAUACUUUCUUUAGGAGUUUGCGCGCUAAUCCUUAACAGUUUCACGUGGAUUGUUAAAACGUCCUACUCUGCCUUCAACUUGUUGCAGCAAACUUCGAAUUAG